UCCAAGCGGUAUUCCAAGUGGGAUUCCAAGCGGUAUUCCCAGCGGUAUUCCAAGCAGGAUUCCAGGCUCUUCCAUGCCACUGCUGGAUGCAAUUCCAGAGAUCGGGAAUCACCAUAAGCCUUUGGGAUCAUUGAGCGCCCAGCCAAGCUUUCCCUUCGGAUCCAUCGGAUUUGCUCCUUGAUUCCGGAAUCCGUCGGGAUCGGAUCGGGAAUUCCCAUCACUGCAUCCCCCAUUCCCAUCCUCCAUCCCAGCGUUCCCUUUGGAUGCUGACCCAACGGGACCACGGCGACGCUUCCCACCUUCCCAUCCCAUUUCCUGAUCCCAAUCCCAAUCCGGAAGGCGCCGGGAUCCAGGGAUAAAGCUUUAUCCCACUUCUUCCCAUUGCUGAGGGGAUGCCCGACCCCAUUCCCAUUGGGAUCCCAUGGCCGAGCACCGGGAGCUGGUGGCCGAGAUGCCGGCGCUGGCCAGGCUCGGCAUUCCCGACCGGAUGCGCCAGGCUCGGGAACGCCGAGCGCAGCAGCUGCGGAGCUGGGCACGAGCCCAACGGGAAUUCCAAGCGUCGGGAAGCGGCUCCGGAUCCGAUGGGAAAAGGGGGAAGAGGAAGAGCGGAGCCCAUGGGAAGAGGGUGACGUUCCCGGAUGGUGUCCGGCUCUUGGAAGCGGCUGCCAGGAGGGAUGCGGAUGAGGUCCGACAAUUCCUGGCUGCUGGAAUCAGCCCCGAUCUGUGCAAUGAGGACGGGCUCACGGCGCUGCACCAGAGCUGCAUUGACGGCUGUGCUCCGGUGCUCCGGGCUCUGCUGGAGGCUGGUGCCUCUGUCAAUGCCGCAGACAGUGAGCGCUGGACCCCCCUGCAUGCGGCUGCCACCUGCGGGCACUGCGGGCUGGCCAUGAGCCUCAUCCAGAGCGGAGCAGACCUGCUGGCGCUCAAUGCCGACGGGAACAUGCCCUAUGACCUGUGCGAGGAUGAGGCCACCCUGGACUGCCUGGAGAGCGCCAUGGCCGCGCAGGGGAUCACACAGGAGAAGAUCGAGGAAGCACGCGCCGCUCCGGAGCGCCGGAUGCUGGAGGAGAUCCGGAGCCUCCUGGAUGCCGGAGAGGACCUGGAUGCUCCCCGGGGCCACGGAGCCACCUUGCUCCAUGUGGCUGCAGCCAAUGGGUACCUGGAGGCAGCAGAGCUGCUCCUAGAGCAUCGCGCCGGGAUCGCCGUCCGGGAUUGGGAUGGAUGGGAACCUCUGCACGCGGCUGCAUGCUGGGGGCAGCUGCCGCUCCUGGAGCUCCUGGUUGCCCAUGGAGCCGACCUCAAUUCCAAGACGGAUCUGGAUGAGACCCCCCUGGACGUCAGUGCGGACGAGCGCACCCGCUCCAAGCUCCUGGAAUUGCGGCACAAGCGCGCGGCCGUGAUGAAAUCCCAGGAAAAGCACAAAUCCCAACUCCAGCGCCGCGCUUCCAGCACCGGGAGCCGGGGGAAAGUCGUGCGCCGCGCCAGCCUCUCGGAGCGAUCCCACCUGUACCGACGGGAGCACGAGCGCGAGGCCCUGGUGUGGCAGCGGCGCGGGAGCCUGGAGCCGGGAUCGGAUCCUAUGGGAUCGGAUCCUAUGGGAUCGGAUCCAAUGGGAUCAGAUCCAAUGGGAUCAGAUGCAAUGGGAUCGGAUCCAAUGGGAUCGGAGCCAUCGCAACCCAAUGGAGACUUCACCCCCCCACACACAUUGGCCGAGCUCAAGCGGAUCCGAGCGGCUUCCAAGGGACAACGGGAUCCGGAUCGGGAUCGGGAUCGGGAUCAGGAUCAGGAUCGGGAUCGGGAUCGGGAUCCGGAGCCGCCGCUCCUGAAGCUGACGGCGCCCAUGGAAGAGGCUCCGGGUGGGAAGCGCCGGUGCUGCCAAGUGAUGUGAGAGUGGGAUCAGUGGGAUCGGGAAUCAUUGGGAUCGGGAAUCAUUGGGAUCGGGAAUCCCUGGAAUUCUCUUCGGGAUCUUCGGGAUCUGCUUCGGGAUUCGGACGUUUUCCACCCCAAAGA